AUGCCGGUUUUAUCGAAAUUAGCUUAUCAAUGUGGUCUACCCGUGUUGAAUACGAAUUGUUAUGAGACAGUACAUACGUGGACGCCUAGCUGUAAUCGGGCCAUACUUGAUACUCUACCCGACUGUGUGAUCUUCUGCUUAAAAACGUAUGCUCCAUUCUAUCUAAUCACAUCUUUGGUAGCAAAGAGAGGAGAUGUUCGAAAAAUCGACUGGAAACGAUAUUUAAUAGAUGUUAUUCGCUCUUCGACAUUUCUUACCUGUAACCUGGUGCUGUUUAUUUUCUUUUUAUGUAGGUUCAGGCAUGUUCUUGGAUUUUAUACCCCGAUUUCAAUGGGGUUACUUAGCAGUAUGACUGCGAGCUUCUUCUCACUUUUUGUGGAAAAACGAAGUCGUUGGCCUGCUCUAGCACUCUAUUUGACAAAUUUGGCAUCCGAAACUGUAUUUCGACAACUUCACAACCACGGGUACAUCCCCAGUGUAAACAAUGCUGAAGUUAUACCAUUUGUCAUUGGAACAGGCUUGUUCUCCUAUCUAAACACGGAACAAAGGCUUGACAGUAGCACAAGAAAAGUCUUCGACUUUACUCUCAAUCUGACUGGAGAAAGGGACAUUGCUGAGGAUUAUCCGCUCCCGAAACAAUUUAAAGGAUUCUUAUAUGAUCUCAGAAAAAAAUAUGGAAGGACUCCACUAUGCGAACAUCAACAUUCAUGUGUUAGCAAUGUAGUCGAGAGCUCAGCCUACAACUUUGCAGUUGGUAUCGCAGUGAGUUCUGCUCUGGUGCUGCUCAGAAAUAUUCGAAGUGUUUUCCUGAAUCCCUUGAAAGUUGCGGACCAGCUUUUUACAAAAUCUACGCUCAGAUUUCCAACAUUUCUAGCUUUAAUGCCUUUUAUAUUCCAUAGCAUCCGAUGUAGCUUGAAUCGACUAUUUUUUACGAACACCAAAUUUCGUGACAUUGCUGCUGGAACAGCUUGUGGUCUGGCAAUGCUAGCAUUUCCAAAUAUCUCCAUUGCUAUGUAUACGAUGUGGAAAGCUAUUGAAAUCAUUUACUACAACCUGGUCAAGGAAGGCAAAAUAAAGCCAUUGCCGUACGGAGAUCUACUUCUGUAUACCGUAUCUACUGGCUAUGUACUUUGGCAAAUCAUUAUAGAACCACAAGCAAUUCGGAAGGGUUAUCUCAAGUUUCUGCUGAAUCUCACUGGAAACAGAAUGUCCUUGCUGAAUCGACAUCUUUACGAGCACUUUGGAUACCAAUCAAAACUCUUAUUUCCCUACCAACCUGUUCUCAAUCCCAAAUAUUGUACAAUCAAUCCGAUGUUAUACCAACCGAUUUCGCCUCCUUGAGAACUGUUGCACUAUAUCGAUUGUCCUUCUAAUAGAGAUUUUGUUUUCGAAAAAGUUUAUGUGAUCAAUUCUCGGG